AUGGACCGCAUAACGAUUUCAGGGGAUGAUCAAUUACAGUUUGGCACACGCAGAGGCCGCCUUGAUGCAGGUGAUGGGGCCCACCGGUGGCCCCGGGAAUGCACUUCCUACCUGCGCCUUCAUGGUCGGUUUUCAAAUUGCAUUUCUGUUGAAGUUCUCAAUAGCCUAACGGCCUGCGCCAACUGCCAUUGGGCGGGGCGGGAUGACCGCUACCACUACAGGCACACCGUUGCAACCCAGCACCCUCCCAUCGCAGAACCUACCCGCCAUCACCAAGUCCCUCCCAGUGCCACAACUACAGACAUCGAUACCCCCACACCUGACCACCAAUCAUCCCGGCGCAGACUGUUCGAGCAUCUCACCAACCUAGCUCAGGCUCUGGAGUCCAGCCGGAACCAUCUAACCCGGCUGGAGGACCUACUCGACCAGGUCCACUCUAUCCAAUCACCAAGCACCGCGGACAGAUUGCUUCAGAAGACCGUGGAUAACAUCUACAGCAGUCACCACCAGCUCCAUCAGCGCCUGCGAGAGAUCCAUAACGAUGUCAUGGACAUUCUGGAUGCCCCCGUUCAAACCUAA